AUGCCGAAUAUAUUCACCCAGAAUCUGGGCGAGACCCCUCGCCAGGCUUUGAACUGGAGGCUAGGAUAUGCCAUCUUGUGUUUUGGGCUAAUGGGUGCUAGUCGAGGUAUCGACGAGGGCCUUAUCUCAGGCACAGUCCAACAGAAAGCGUUCAUUGCAAAAUACCAUCUCAAUGACCCUCUCCUAAGCGAGUCUGAAAAGGCCAACCUGCUCGGAAAUAUCACUGCUAUGGUCCAGAUUGGAAGUAUAGGGGGUGCUUUGCUUGCUUUCCUCAUCACCGACAAGAUUGGUCGUAUAUGGGCAACUAGACAACUGUGCUUCAUCUGGCUUGCUGGAAUCGUUAUCUUUAUCACCUCCAAUGGAAGGAUUGGCCAGGUGUACGCUGGCCGAUUCAUUGCCGGUCUUGGGAUUGGCCAGACCGCCGUCGUUGCUCCCACAUAUCUGGCUGAAAUAUCUCCGCGCGCUAUCCGUGGCCUUUGCAUCUGCUCCUUUUCCGGUUCCGUGUAUCUCGGUAUCAUGCUGAGUUACUUCGCCAGCUGGGGAGCUGCCCUUCAUAUCAGCAGCCAUUCGCAGAACCAAUGGAUUGUCCCAACCAGCCUCCAUCUGAUUUUUGGUGGCAUUAUUCUUCUAUUGUCCAUUGGCGUUCACGAAUCCCCUAGAUUCUUGGCUAGCAAGGGCCGGAAGGAAGAAGCCACUGCUACCAUGGCAAAGAUCCGUAACCUGCCAGAAGAUCACCCAUAUGUACAGACUGAGAUGAUGGAUAUUUUUGAUCAAGUGGAGCGCGAGAAAGAAGCCACUAUGGGACUCGGCUGGAUGGGACCGCUAAAGGAACUCUUUAUUACCCCUUCGAAUCGAUACCGCAUCAUGCUUGGACUGUUGUCCCAGCUCUUGUCACAGUGGUCUGGCGCAAGCAGUAUCACCAUCUAUGCACCAACCUUCUUCGCUAUGCUUGGAACCACCGGUCAAUCUGAAAAGCUAUUCGCAACCGCUAUCUUCGGUGUUGUGAAACUUAUUGCUUCACUUGUCUGCGCCUUGUUCCUCGUUGACAUGCUUGGCAGAAAACGAGCCCUCACUUACGGUAUCAUCCUCCAGUUCUUGAGCAUGCUAUAUGUGGCCAUCUAUCUCGCCGUUGUCCCAGAGAUCACGGAACACUUCAAGCCUAUGGGAGAUGCCAAACGCGCUGGAACGGGUGCUAUCGUUGCUAUCUAUAUCUCGGGCAUCGGUUGGGCCCUUGGAUGGAACAGCAUCCAGUAUCUUAUCAACGCCGAGAUUUUCCCUCUCCGAGUGAGAGCCCUCGGAUCCUCGAUGGUUAUGUGCUUCCACUUUGCCAAUCAAUAUGGUAACUCAAAAGCUGUCCCAUCUAUGCUUCUCGAUACUGCCAUGAAGCCUCAAGGUACUUUCUUCUUCUUCGCUGCCGUCACCUUGCUUGGCCUGGUAUGGAUGUGGUUCUUCCUCCCAGAGACCGCAGGAAAGUCCCUCGAAGCCAUGGACGAGAUGUUCAACCUCCCAUGGUAUGUCAUUGGACGUAAAGGAGCUGAAUUGACGGCCGGUGCUGGACACGCCGAGAACUAUAUGCGGGACGAUGUUGAGAAGGAGAUCCAGCAUGAGGUAGCCCAUGAUGAACGAGUUACGAGCAGCGAGAAGUAG